AUGGCGAAGACCAGAGGAGGCCUUUCCGCCUCCCCAUCCUCACCGACACCUCGGCCACAGCGAGCCGCCAUGGGAGCCGCACCUUCACCUCCCGUUCAGGCCCCGGCCAUUCCCCCAUCUGAGGGGGAAGCUCCUUCUCAGCGCCGAUACCCCACCCGGAGGCCACCCGCGGACCCUGUGCCACCAGUCGAACAGGCCACGAGCCCUGUUUCUCGGCCCCCUGCGAAAAGGUCCAGGUUCUCGGGUCCUGGAGAGCCAUCCCACGCACCUCAGCCAGAACCAGCUACAGAGGAACCUCGGAUUCCAGUCGACAUGCCUCCCGAGGCCAUUAUCAGGCGUCCCAUGAUAGCUGGACCGCCGAUUGAGGGUCUCCGCAAUCCUACCCUCAUCCAGUUUACUAUAGACGGACGUCAGGGUGCCAUUGGAGCUCGUCACAUUGCUGAGGCCCUCCAUAUACCUUAUGAGCCCGGAGCCCCAGCUGUGCCUGCACCUCCAGAGCUACCCCGAGAUGAGCAGAUACCUCAGGCCGAGCAGGAUGAGAUUCUCACAGAGACACCACCUCCUGCCCCUGCAGCACAUCCCUCAGAGCAUAUUCCUGAGCCUGUACAUCCUAUUUCUCCUAUCACUCAGGGUGCUCCACCAGUCGCGCCAGCUACCCCAGCACCUCCUCCUCCAUCUGAGCCCACUGUCACCAUUUCUCUUACAGAAUUCAGAGGCUUAGAGCAUUCAGCAGCAUCUGAGUAUGCAGACUCCUCUUGGGCAUGA